UACGUUCGUAUCCUACCGAAGUUAGUGUUGUUGACUAUGGCGGAAACCAAUAGUACACAUACUGAGGCACUUGAAGAUAAAGGAACUUUUGUAGAUGUUAAAAACCGAGAACGAUGUGUAUAUUUAGCAUGGGAUGAUGUCGCAUCAAAACUAUUACAAGAUAAAUUGUUAUUAACAGCCUUGGAGCUGCACACUGAGCUGGCCGAGGCGGGCUUCGAGCUGCCAAGACUGAGAGAUUACUUUUCAAAUCCUUCAAACUUCGAGCAGAACACCUCUAAGACAAAUGUCGAAUUGCAGUCUUCAGCUCAGCAAGGCGGGCAGUUACUGCCAAGAUCAUCAAGCCAGACAACUCUUGACUCACUGGAUUGGGGUCACCUGAGUGAGGAUGGAGAAAGAGCAGUGGAUGAGCGUGUAGCAGUUUUGGAAUUUGAACUUCGCAAAGCCCGUGAAACUAUUCAGGGACUGCGAACCAACUUAACCCAAGCAACAGAAUCAAAACCUUCUUCAGUUGAGAAACAAGAAGCAGAUAAGACAUCUAUGGUGGCUGCAUUGUCAUCCAUCCGUCCACAUGAAAAAAGAACACUGAAUUUCUUAAUCAAUGAGUACUUGGUGACAAACUCCUACAAACUUACUGCUAUCACAUUUGCAGAUGAAAAUGAUGACCAGGAUUUUGAGCACUGGGAUGAUGUAGGUUUGAACACAAGCCGACCACCAAACCUGGUACAAAUGUUGCGAGAAGGAGGUCAUUCUAUUGCAAAUCUCACAUCAUGUGCUUGUCAGACAGAUGGGUCAACUGAUAUUUCUGAAGACAUCAGACAAUAUCAGAUUGAAGUUGAAAGGUUGCAGAAAGAACUAGAAGUUACAAAGGAUAUACUAGCUUCACAGUCAAGGGAACUUAAAAAGCUGCAUAGGAAGACAUCCACUCCAAGUGUAACACCUUUAGGUUCUCCAAGAAAGGAGAGUGCACAAUGUCAGAAUGAGGGCUUUCCUUGUGAUUCAGACAAAGUUAACCUACUGGCCGUUGAUAAAGGUGGAAGGGAAUCCCCUGAAGGCACAUCAGACAAUGAAGAAACAUCAGGGGGUGGAGGUUUUGUCAUUAUUUCACCACCCUCUGUUCUACAAGUUGCCCAGACUACUGGAUGCUCAAGUGCUGUUUUACAAGAAAAUAUUGAGCAAAUUUUUCAUCAAGACCCAGUGAGAAGUGGAUAUGAAGAUCCAUCAGAAUCUAUUGAGGUAUUGAUACAGUCUGGUAGUGAGGAUACACUAGACAAAAUAAGUGAAAGACUUUCAGAAGCAAUGGAUAUUAAAAUUCAUGCUACAGGCGAAGAAUCUUCAGUAACACAAGAAAUUAGCUCACAGGAUAUUCAAACUUCUCCAGAUGAUAUUCCAGAUGUAGUUAGUGUUACUGAAUAUCAAAUAAAUCAGGAAUUACAGUCCAGUUACCAGGACAGUAUUGAAGGCAGUAGUAAGAUUUCAAGGAAUACGACAACAGAAGCAUAUUUGAAACAGAUAAAAUGUGAGGCCAAGAAUCUUCUCAGAGCUUCAUCCAGACGAAUUCCUCCAGAUGUGUUUGAGGAGCAGCUGAUCCAAACAAGUCUGGGACAUACUAACUACAGAGAAUCUAGGGUACAGGCAGAGGUAGCUAGGCUUGGAGAGGGUGGCCAGGAAUUGCUAGAAAUUGUUGCAUCUUCACUUCACAACAUAGCCCCUAAUGUUAUUCUAGCCAAGCGUGAGGAACUGUUACCACUUCUGAUCUGUGGCGUUUGUCUUCACAAGGAUGGCAGGGAAAGGGAGAAGUUACUCCAUCUGUUAUUUAACUUGAUUAAGAGACCAAAUGAGGAACAAAGAAAUAUUAUUUUAACUGGUCUUGUAGGUCUAGCUAGGGUUCUAGGCCCCACUAAGCUUGAAGCUGAACUCCUUCCACAGUGCUGGGAGCAGCUGACUCAUAAGUACAUAGAAAGACGAUUAUUAGUAGCCCAGUCAACAGCAGCCUUAGCUCCAUAUACACCACCUUCUUUAAGAAACUCUCUUUUACUGUCUAUGUUGCUACAGUUGCUAGCUCCAGGUGGUGAGAAAGAUGUGAAAGUGAGAGAAGUAGCUCUUCUUAGUUUAUCUCUCCUUGUUACAUACCUUGAUGACUGCAGCAAAUUGUCUGUUCUGGUUGACACACUGCUACACUGCUUGGAGAAUUCAGGGGCUACUACAGAUGCUUCCCCUCACAUAAGCCUGGAUUCCUCACAGUUUGCAACAAGGCCAUUACAGAUGCCCUUAUCAGCUAUUGAUACAUAUCUCUCCUCUCUUGCUGUAUGGGCACUUGAAGAGAACUCUAUAAACCUUCUCUUAGAUCCAUUAAUUGCGAAACUUCAGCAGCUUGCUUGUCACUUCAAAGACACUCAAGAAACAGAGAAAAACAGACAAGUGAGUCAACAGCCAGUGGUAACUGUGAUUGAAGCCAUUAGAAAGGUAAUUCCAUUCAUUAUGGCAACUUUAAUCAACUCUUUGCCUGUGCCUGAUGAUGUUGGACAUAACUUUGCACCAAUGCCAUCAAGUUGUACUGCUUUAGAAGAGUUGUCCAUUAUAUAUGGUAGUAAAGAAAAAGCCUUAUUAGGAUUAAACCAGUAUCAGCAGUACGUUGCAAAAGAGUGGUUCAAGUCAUGGGAGGAACUAGAUUAUAUAACUAAAAUGUUCUUACCUGCUUUAAUUGAAGUGUUAGCCAUUGUGGAAGCCACUACAGAGUCUGCAGUUCAUGCAUUUAUAAAGUUAUUUACUGAGUUACUUCAGUGUUUAGGCCCUCAAAUUUCUUCAUCUUGUGUUAAGCCUAUUUUCAUGAGGCAUUUAAGUCUUGAUGACUCUGCACUUGAGGUUGUAAGUCAGGGCAACACAGGCCUUACUAGAUCUUUAGUGGUUGUUUAUUCAGUUGCUGUUAUUGCUCCAAACCAAAGUUCAUCUGAAAAACAAGGUGAACUUGAGAGUUUUUUGGCAAAGCAGAUCAAUAUUUUGGCACUGUGUCGUGCUCAGCUCGAUUCAUUAUACAUUACAAUUGCAACCUUACUGCAGCAUAAACGAAAUCAUGAUGCGGUGCUAGGAUCACUCUGGUCUUGUGUUGUUCAUAAAUCUAGCAUGGUCCGAGCAUGUAGUGCAGGUUUGUGGGGAAUAGUUGUUGGAUGUGUUGAAGAUGGUGCACUUGGAUCUCGAGUAGUACCAGCACUUGUUACCUUAGCUACAGACACUGAUGUGAAUGUCAGAGCUUCUGCUGUGCAUCCUUUGGCAACCAUCAUCACAACUACUACAAAUGUUGAGGUACUUGAUAAAAUUUGGCUUCAGCUUGAGACAUUAUGUGAUGAUCCAGCCACCUUUGAAAGCAUCAAUUUCCAGCUAGCUUUGGCUAGAACAUGCUCUACUUUAGCACAUACGGCACAUCCACGUUUAAUACAGUCUCCAGAAAACCUUGGGCUGUUUAACAUUUGAACACAUGGAAACUAUAACUGACUUGAUAAGAGAGUAUGAUUUAAGAGGUCAGUCUUCACAGGGACUAGAAAGUUAUCUCGUAUAACUCCUUGGAUGCGGAUGCUUCACUGUCCACAUGUGGCCCAAGAGAGCCAGCUCUCUUCUAGUCAUGGUUUAUGGGUGGUACAUUCCACACUGAAAAUAAUGCAAAAGGCCUUUCCUAAAUGCCCACUGAGUCUAAUCAUCCUCCAAGAGACGGAAAUCCAAUUUCUCCCUUGGUGGGACCUUGCCUGUCCAGACAGGAGUGGACGAUAUGAAGAAUAAGAUGAGUAAAAUGUUUGCAUCUCGGCCAUCAGCCACUGUGUUGCAGGCAAAAGCACAGUCAAUCAAUGUCAGUCUACCAGGUUUCCUUAAGAAGAAAUAAUAAUGACAUCAUUGAUUGUAGUAUUUGUAUCUUAAAAAAAAAAGAAAAA